GCGUGGUGCAUCUGGUUGCUCUUUUGGUUCCUGUGGUUCCAUGAGUGGAAGUGGAAGAACCCAGCAAUAAGCGAUGGACAGGGAACUUCAUCUGCACCGAGCAGAGACUUUCUCCUUCAUUAACCCGUGGAUUCGAUAUUUUCUUUUCUUCUUCAGCUUCCUGUUUUGGGUGUUCUCCUUGUUGAUUGUUGCCAUUGGUGUGUAUGCUAAAGUCCAGAAAGCCACAGACACGGUGCGGGACACGUUCCUGAUCGACCCAGCUGUCAUCCUAAUUGUAGUGGGGGUGGUCAUGUUCUUCAUCACUUUCUGUGGCUGUGUUGGAGCCCUCCGAGAAAACAUUCGGCUCCUCAAAACAUUCUCCUUCAGUCUGACUUUGGUUUUCCUCACCCAGCUAGCCAUAGCGAUUCUGGGGUUUUUCUACGCAGACCAGACCCGUGAAGCCUUGGGAAGGUUCGUGAAGAAAAGCAUUGUGCACUACAGAGAUGACCUGGAUCUGCAGAACUUGAUGGAUUACAUUCAGAAAGAGUUUCAGUGUUGUGGAUGGAACAACUACACAGACUGGUCCUGGAACCUGUACUUCAAUUGUUCUAAAGCCAACCCCAGCUCAGAGCGCUGCGCCGUUCCCUAUUCCUGCUGCCCUCCCACUCCUGGAGAGGCAGUAAUCAACACUAUGUGCGGCUUUGGGGUGCAAGCCCUGGACUACCUGGAGGCAAACAAGUCAAUCUACCCAGUAGGCUGUGCAGACGGAGCCGUGUUGUGGAUCGAGUCCCAUCUGUUACUGGUGGGAGCCCUCGCGCUGGGUUUGGCUCUGCCUCAGAUUGCAGGCAUUGUGCUAUCCCAGAUCCUGAUCUCUCAGAUCCAAGAUGAGAUUACUUCGCUGUCCUAAGCACGAGCGAACAAAGAGGAAG